GUGAGACCUCUCGCUGUUCAAUGGCGCCCUGCACGAACACACUGCAAUCCUGCAAAGGCAUCCAAGGUAGUUAGCCGACUGAAAGUAGCCCUACACGGGCUUCCUUGACCAUGAGUGACCAGAUAUCAGAAGGGAGUACGAAUGAGCAGUUGUGCAUCGCCACCAAAAUUCAGCAUCAUGGAUUCCUCUUGAAGAAAUCCUUCAGACGUCAGGCAGACAAAUGGCAAAGGAGGUAUUUCGUGGUCAAGGAUAGCUUCCUUCUGUAUUACGGGGAAUCGGAAAGGAAGAACUUUGAGAAGAGAGGUCACUUCAACAUUCAUCCAAGAGGUGUUAUCCCAAUUGGUGGUUGCAUUAUACAUGGUGCAUCUAGCAUAUACCCACCAUCUUCGCAAGAUUAUGUCAUCACAAUCUCCAGUGAUGAGUAUCAGAAGGUUGCAUCCAAUCCUCCAUAUGGAUAUGAGAGCAUAGUAACACUAGCAGCUGCCACAAAAAAUGAAAUGGACAAAUGGAUUCAAGCUUUGAAGGAGGCAACUCGAAUCACUUGGAACAACUCCCAAUUGGCUGAGUCAUUAAUGAGGGAGUUGGAGACUCAAGGCUUACAGUUGAACCAGGAAAAGCAGACCUAUGUUGAGAGACUGCAGAAAGAAUCUCAGAACCUGCAGGAGGAGUUGGACAAAAAUCUGGAGCUGGAGAAAUUGAAUGCAGCCUUGAAUUCCGAGAAGAAGAAACUGGAGGCAGCAAUUGACCAGUUGCAAAGGGAGCAUAUACGUUUGCAAGGAGACUACAAAGAUACUCUCACUGCUAUCCAUCUUGUUGAGGAAGACCGGACAGCCCUUCAAUCAACCACUGAAUUCCUUCAGGAAAGUCUUGAGGAGCUGGCUCAGGAGAGAGAACGAAUUCUGGAGGACCUCAAGGCAUCAGAGGAUGAAAAGAGUCGGUUACAUGAAGCAACCCGUGAUCUUCAAUCUUGCCUUCAUAUCAUCGAAGAAGAAACACAGCUACUGCUGAGGGAGAAGUCUGACAUUCAACAAAGAUUUGUUGAAAAUGAGCUACGAGCUAAACUUCUGGAGGAGGAGAAGUCUGUCAUCUGCCAACAGUCUGAUGAACUCCUUUCUUCAAUCAAUGAUUUGGUGGUGCAGCAGAGUGCAACAGAGGCAGAGCUGCGAGAAGAAGUUGCAGCACGACUGGAAGCAGAGAAGCGACUGGGUUCUGCUCUACAAUCCCUGUCUUCCCUUGAGAAAUCCCUCCGAGCCACUACCCUAAGUGAUACCAUCAAAGAAGAAAUUAUGCCAAAUGUCAGGGAGUUGAGAAGGUUUUUUGAGGAGAUAGCCAUGGAGUCCCAGAUGGAGGCAAGCAGACCAGGGGUCUUAAGAAGUGCAAUCAUGGCCCGCAAAGUAAGCCUUCAGAAGAAGAAGGAGCAAAAGUUUCUCGAGGAUAGGGAGAAGCGUACCCAAACACUAAGAUUGCCAUCAUCUGGAAAGGGUGUUCGAAGGUCCCUAUCCACACUGAUUGCCUGCAACACAUUGAGAAGGGAGCCAAAGAUCCCUCGUCGUUUCCAGACCAUGAGACCCUUGCGUUCUGGGAACAAGGACAUUCGACCAAGUCUUCAAGCCUACGUGGACGGGAACGGCUACCUCGACGAGCGAGACUUCGCCUGCUUGGCGCUGAGGACCACCGUGCUCGAGGGCAAGGGGGACUUCAGCCACAUCAAGUGGGAGGAGAACUUCCACAUCAUGAUGAACCUCUGGGCGGAGAUGGCGGAGCUGGCGGAUCUCAACAAGGACGGCCGAGUCACGGCAGAAGAAUUCGCGGAAGUGGUGAAAAACAUCUGCAUCGGCAAGCGAUUCCAUGAAUUCCCCCAAGCCCUGAAGAUGUUCGUGGACUCCCGAUUCAAGACCAUCGAUCUCAACGAUGACGGCGUGAUCGACCUGAGCGAGUUCCGCAUCGACUGCGUGCAGCGGAUGGCGUACGAGUUCAUCGAGGAGAUCGACGACGCAUUCGAGGCCAUCUCCUCGGAGGACGACAAGCGACGCGGCGGCAUCACGCUGAGCAGGUACCAGGAGCUCUACGCGGAGUUCGUCGGGAACCCGGACGACGAUUGCGAGGCAGUGAUGCUCUUCGGUCCCCUGCCCCUCGUCCCUCCUCAUUGACCAGGGUUGCCGAGAAGUCCAUCGCCCCGGGAAAGACUUUUACCAGAGAGGUCCGGAUCCUCUCGCCGUUUCGCGUCAUCAGUGGACGCUGCUGAAUUUAUCUAAUGUCAUCGGGCAGAGAGAAGCCCUGCAACAUCGUUAUUCUGAAUAUAAACUCAUGAUCUUCCAA